UAUUUUGUUUCCAUUUCUGGCUUCUUAUUUCUCUCUAUAAUUAAUUAUGGUACUAGCUGGUAAGCUUAGUACUGAAAUUGGGGUGAAAGCACCCGCUACCAAGUGGUUCAACUUCUUAACUACGAAACAGCACCAUAUUCAAAACCUUUGUGAGAGAGUGCAUGAAACCAAGCUGCAUCAAGGUGAUGACUGGCACGGCGUUGGCAACUCGGUUAAACACUGGACAUAUGUCAUAGACGGCAAGGUACAUAAAGCUCAGGAGACUAUUGAAUCCAUUGAUGAACAGGAUAAAACAAUCAAUUUCAAACUCUUUGGAGGAGAUAUCAAUCAGCAGUACAAAAGCUUUAAGCUGAUCCUUCAAGUGAUUGACAAGAAUGAUGGUGGUGCCGCUGUUAAAUGGACCAUUGAAUAUGAGAAGAUCAACGAGGAUAUUGAUCCUCCACAUGGUUACAUGGACUACUUUGACAAAUCCACCAAAGAGAUGGAUGCUUAUGUUUUCAACACAUAGCUCCACACAAGUCUUAAGAAAAAUAACAAAACGGUGUAAUGGGUUUGACUUUCAUUCAGGAGUAUAAGUGUUUGUCAAUGUAGUUCGUAUGAUGUUUUGAAAUGUAAAA